AUGGCGGACGACAGGGGUGGAAAGGCGUCUUCGCCAGGUGACUGGCGUCGCCUGGGGGCGGAGACGCGGUCUCCCUCAGAGGAGCUGGGCAAACGGCUCGAGUGGUCUUCCACCGACUCGUCGGGGGAUUCACGCGCAGCUUCGUCGGCGCCCUCACCGCCGCUCGUGCCCUCCCUCAACGGGGGUUGGCGGGCGGAGAAUGUGGUUCUGCGCGAGGAUGCAAACGACACAGCUUCCUUCCGAGGGUUUGCGCCCAACCUCUUCCUUCCAUCUGCUGUCCCUACCCCCCACCCCACGGACGGCGCCGGCGUGUCGCAGCUGUUUGUGUCUCCGAGGAGACACGACGACCGAGGGCCGCAGGCCCAAGGGGUCCAGAUCCCGUUGCCACCGGGCGCCGACAGGCCUGUCGUCGGCAGCGACGAUGCACCGGACGAAGACUGCCACGAGUGGGGCGUAGGCGGCGAGACGGGCGACGAAGAGGACAAAGGCGAGGAUGACGUGGACGAAAGCGUCAUCUUUUGGCGGCGGAUGCCUGCGGGAGACAGGCUUCGGUGGGCGGCGGGCCGUGUGUUUCGCAUGGACACCCACAGCAUUCUGGCGGUUCCCAUCUUCUUCGUCAUCGCUUCCAUUCUUACCGUCGAAGUCUUCUUCUACAUCUGCGUCCGCCUCCUCAUUGCCCUCACGGAAGCUGUCUUUUUCCACCUGGCGUCGCUCGCCUACUGGUUCCGCUCGGUCUUCCUCAGGCGCGUCUUCGCGUCGGGCACUCCCGCAGGCAAAGAAGUCAACCGAGCCGUCGUCGAGGCCUCUGAGCGGGUGGCCCUCGCCGCGGAGGACGCCGCGCUCGAGUUCACGGGCCUCGGCGGUGGAGCCCCAGAGAGCCCGGCUCUUCGGACCGGGGUCGGCGCGCCCUCUCGGGCCGCACAGGGGACUGCGCGCCCGGCGCGCGGGGAGGCGGAGACCCUCGAGGGCGGGCGCGAGGACGGACUCCUCGGACGACUGUUCGCUUGCGCCUUUCGCCUCCUCUUCUUCCCUCUCGCUUUCGCCUCCAGAGCGUGGGAGCGGGGUCGGGUGGCCGCCGCGAAGCAGUGGCGAGGCGUGCGCUUCUGGCUUCCCCGGAAAAACCCGGAAGGAGCGGAGGAAGGCGCCAGGCGCGCAAAAACAGGGGACAGGGCGCGAAGCAGUCACGAAGAGACUGCUGCUGCAAGCGACCGCGAGAAAACUCGAAUCGCGUGGGACGACAAGGACGGCGGCGAGGACCAGACGCGACUGCUCAGGAACCGCACACGCCACGGGAACGAAGGGACCGGGGACGGAAGACGUGGCGGUGAGGCGCAGGAGAACGCAAGCAGAGAAAAGCCGGUUGCAAACGGCCUGCAGGAUCGCACCAUUGAAUGGCAAACGAGUCUUCUCACGGAUCUUGCAGAAGAGGCAGCCGGCGAGAGCUUGAUGUCUCAUCGGGGGAAACUCUUCAAGGCAACGACCUACGACGAGUAUGCUCGCCUCGCGCUGAUCAUGGAUAAAAUCACGGGGCGGGAAAAGUGGAAGCACGAACUCGAGACGCCACUCUACGACUACGAGGCUGUCGGCAAAAGGUUGCACAUCCUAAAGAAGGCGAGGCAAUCGGGCAAACUCUCAGCGCUUCAGGAGGCCCUGCGUGGAAGUCUCCGCGACCAGAUGUUCGGCGUUUUCAGGGAACGUUUGUAUAGUCGGACGUACCUGGGGACGAAAAUCCAAGCAGAGGAGUUUAUCGACGAAGUUUGCCUGUGCCUGAAGGAACUGAAGCGCCACGUUCGACACUGCCCCGAUGAAGUGCGACGGUCGUUCCAGCAACUCCAGACUUCCUGGGGUGUAACUGGCCUUAUUCUCAGCGGCGGUGCGUCUCUCGGUCUCCACCACUUCGGCGUGUUGGAAGUCCUCCUGAAGGCGCGGGCCGAAGGACGCAGUCUCCUCCCGCGAGCGAUUGGCGGCUGCAGCGCCGGCGCGGUCGUCGCUGCCUGGCUCUGCACGCGCACCGACGACGAGCUGUUGCGGCAAGGCACUGUCGAGUAUCUCGUCGAGCACUGGAAGGCCCUCUCGCCGAACUCUUGGCUCUUCCGCCUCUGGAACAUCUUAACAAAGGGCUACAUGUGCGACAUCGACGUUUGGAAGGCUUCGGCGAAGAAACUGUUUGGAGACUUGACCUUCCUCGAGGCUUACCAACGCACGGGCCGCGUCCUGAACAUUUCGAUGACACGCGCUGACAGAGAGGAGUCGGGCGUGCAAGUGAUGAACUACGUGACUGCGCCGAACGUGCUGAUCUGGUCGGCGAUUCUCUGUUCCUGCGCGUUCCCGUUCUUGAGUCUCCCGCUGCCACUUCGCGAGAAAAGCCCAAAGGGAAAGGCCGUCAUUUCCAAGGUGUUUGGCUGUAGCUACUUCCACGACGGCUCGCUCAGUGGAGACAUUCCCACCGAGCAGAUGCGCGAGGCGUGGGGUGUUAGUUACUCGAUCGUUUCGCAGGUCAAUCCUCACGUCUUCCCCUUCGCGGGGCUCCGCACGCACGGCGAGGCUGGUAUUCCGCGCUUUCUCCUCCGCCUCAUCGCGCUCCUCGACGUCUCGCCGACCCUCCGGGGCAUCAAUGCAGGAAGUUUAGCUUUGCAGUCUUACACGGGAGACGUAACGCUGCAUCCUCGCUAUAUCUCGGCCCGGUACUUGCGGCUCCUAAACGACACGCGGCCUUCCGACAUUUCGUGGAACCGCAUGCGCAUCGAUCGCUGCUUCGAAGACCUCGCCCAGGCUCUCGAGGAGGCCUCGACCUUCGCUCCGGCCGGGAACUCUCGCGGAGUGCAGAAAGUUUUUUAA